CCCCCUCCCAAAAUUCGUUACGUCAUACUUGAACGCUCCCCUAUCAGCUGAUCAUUGGUGGUUUUAUAUUUUUAUAAUUGAAUUUUAAAGUUUCCUUUACACUAUUAUGUAUACUAUAUAUUGUAAUUUUUUUUUUUUUUUUUAAUCUUUUAAUAUUUUUGUAAAUUUAUAAAGUUAUGAAACACUUUGGCAUGUAUAUUUUACACUACCUGACAACUGGCAAAUUUCAUAUUUAUUGUGUAGCGGAAUUAAAAAAAUAUAUCUUUGAACAUAUAUUUUACAUUUGUUAUAGUUAUAUUAAGGUUCUAACAUAUCGUGUAGUUCUGUCAAUUACUUGAUCUUUUUCUAAUCUGGGUUUAUAUCGUCUUAUCUAAAAUAUCAACGAUAUAAGUAUCAUCUACAUAUGUCAAACUUCUAAACGUGAAAUAUUAAUCUAGAGUUUUAUUAUAAUCUGUAGAUAAAAUUGGUAGUUUCUGUAUUUUAACGGGUUUCUAGUAUUAACAGUGUACAGAGUAAUUCAAAACUGAAGUUAGCAAUAAUCUUUAUCGGCGCGGAAUUCGGUAGAUUACGAAGUGAAGUUCGUACAAGUCCUAAGCAAAGACUUAUGUAAUGAAGUUAAAUCUUGACAAUAAUUGCUUGGAAGUAUGGUCGAGUUGCCAUUUACUCCAGGCCUAGAGCAGCUUAUCAUUUUCAUCAUGGCAAGUAUUUCAUGACAUUUUCCGUUGUACACUUUAUCUAGUAUUUUAAAAGCUUUAAGAGACGGACGAUUUUACCUGUUUACUCUUUAAGCAUUUAUUUAUAGAUAAGCUCAGCCCAAAAUAUGAAUUACAAAUAGAUUUAUUGGGUUAGUGCUAAAUUUAAUAUAAUUUUAUUUUAUAAAUUAUUUUAAUAUCGAAUAUUUUUAUGAUUAUGUUAUUUUUAAAUGAUAUUAAAUUUUUUCUUCUCGAAUGCGAAAGGGGUCAUAUGAUAGCAGAGUCAUGCGGCAUAGAUAUGAAGAUUAUGUCCUUGUGAAUGUACGAACGUCUUUGAGUUAUGGCCCUUUAAGCAAUUGUCAAGAACAAAUUUACAUAAAAACAAUGUUCUGACCUUGAACAUACGUUCAUAGAUUUUAAAAUUUGUAUGCUUCACUGAGAGAAGGUCACAAACGUAAUUUGCGAAGACUAGUGUUAUUUCUACAUAACUUUAGUUAGAAAUAUUUGUGAUACAUUAUUGGGUAUUGAAUAAAUGAAUUUGCUAUUAAUAUAUUAGUUUUAUUUGUUUUUAAAUGCGUAAAGGUUACACUGCUAAUAUUUGUCCAAGUGGUACAACGCGUGGCCGCAAACAUUAUUUUUACUUAUUAAUUCAGUUAUUAAUAUACGUCAAGAAAUAUAGUACGUAUUUCAAUUACGUUUUAAAAUGAGGAUAUGUAUUUUAUUUUAUUCCUUUCUGAUCGUUCAAGUAUCAGGAUCAUUUUACGAUGAGCUCCAGGGCGCCAUGCAUUCAGUUCAACAUGGAUUUGGAAAAUUACUAAGCGAUGUUGUUAUUGAUGUUACAGACACAGUACACUGUACUAUUUCUGCAGUUGAACAUGUUUUAACCCUAAAUGGAUUAAUGAAAAGUAAAUCCCCCUAUGGUCAUAAGUGCAGGAGUGGGCCACUUCUAUCAAUAGAGAGAUAUAGCGACGAUCCUUUACAAAAUUUUCUCAAAACUAGAGAUGCUAUUGAAGGCAAACGAUUCGGGCAUGAAAUACAUAAAUCGAUAUCCAAUGUUAACACAACGUUAACAAGGGCAUUAGACCAUCACAGUGGUCGACAGAAAUUUGAUUCUAUUUCAAAAGUUCUUAAGCAUGAAACAGAACAAUUGACGAAAGUUAGUAAUAUGUUACGAAAUGAAUUGCACAGCAUAUCACGAAACGUGAAUUCCGAAUUGGAAAAUUUUGGUUCUGAUAUAACACCAUCGGUAUGGUCUGAACUAGAAGAAGAAAGAAAUUUAGAGAAACAACUAGAUAAUUCAAGACCGGCUAGGAAACAUGAAGAAAAUGCUCUUUCUGAUCCAUCAAACCAACUUAACUCCUACACUGAUGCGAAACGUGAAUUUGAUCAUAUGAGAGAUGCUGUGGGACAAAGCAGUCCAUCCGAGGACUUACCCAAGACUUUUAGGGAUGUAGCGGAAAGAGAAAAGAAUAAAUUAAAUCAUAAUAGCGAUGAUAAUCGUGAUUCAAAGUCAAUAUUCGACGUUGAUAAAAGUGCCUUGGAUAAAUUUUCACCAUUCUAUGAUCCCGAAUCUAAAAGUCUAGAUGACCAUCAGCGAAUUAUAGAAAAUGCACUUAGUGUUAUCCGAGACAGCCACCGUACUGACCAACUCAUGGAUGAACUGAACAAAUCAAAAGCUGGUUCUGAUGUUUUUGCUGCGGGUAAAAAUUUGUUUAACUUCUAAGAACAGUAUUUUGGGACUAAUAAUAUAGUUACUGAGGUAAUUAAUAAGACAUUGUUUCUAUAUAAUAACGUUUUUAUUAACAAUAUAAAUUGGGUACAUUACAAAUUGUCUACAAUGAACUACACUACCACUGGCAGUCCGACGUGCAUCGAUAAUAAUAUUCCUAGAUGCUUGUAAAAUAAAUGAUGUAUCACUUUACAUUAAAACAAUAACCAUUUUUUUAUAAAAUUAUUUAGGACUAACUACCGUAGACAGAGACGUUCAUUCAGUGUGUAAUGGUAAUUCAAUUCCUAAUAACAAGGUACAAAUCAUCUGUGAAUCAGUUAUUCGGAGUUUUCGUAGCUAAACUCCACAGUUCUUGAUAGAUAUAAUUAUUAAUUUACCAUUAGAGAUAAUGGACGACUAUGAAUACGACUGCUAAUCAUAAAGGCAUUUAGAUAUCUAUUCAAUAUUCCAAAUUCAACAUUGAAAUGAUCAAAUUAUGCAUUUAUCCUACUGUAUAUUAAAGUAUUCUAUGUGUGCGUUAUUUGAAUCCUUUUAUACAAAAGUAAAGUGAUACAACGAACAAAUUUAGAAUUAAUUUUAAACUUUAUAUAUAUAUAUACAAAAGAUAUCAAACUUUUUAAUGUAAUAUUAUGACAUCCAAACCGAUUACUGAACGAAAGUUUGGUUGAUUGAUCAGUAAGCAAUCGUUUUUAUUCAGAAUUCGGUGUGUCACAAAAAAAUUAACGGAAAUUAAAUUUUGCUUUCAUUUAUAUUCAAGCACCCACAGGACACUAAGCUAUGCACCAGUAAAAUUACCUAACUAUUUAUUGUAUAAUCUAUCCGUUCUAGUUCACUAAGUGCUUUAAAUAUUUUACAUAAAUAAAAAGAUUUUGCGUUGUUA